CUCAGGGAGAGAGAGAGAGAGAGAGAGAGUGAGUGAGAGAGAGAGAGAGAGAAAGAGAGAGAGAGAGAGCCUGAGCCAGACCUCCAGUGGAGCUAGUGGGGGAAACUUGCGUACAUGCUGGCAUCUCCAGUCCUGAGUUUGUGUUCGAGCCCAAACUUGGUCUACGCCUUCAAUCCACUGAAGAGGACUUAGAAGUUUAUUUCUUUCUCCAUUUUCCUUCUUCUCCUCUAUUUUUUCCCCCCCGUUCUCUUUUGGUUUGUCAGCCCGCCGUUUCUUUUUUUUCACCACACCGGUGAACAGGAUGAUAGCCGCACAGCUCCUGGCCUACUACUUCACCGAGCUGAAGGAUGACCAGGUGAAAAAGAUCGAUAAGUACCUGUACUCCAUGCGCUUCUCGGAUGAGACGCUCCACGACGUCAUGGUGCGCUUCGGGCGCGAGAUGGAGAAGGGCUUGGGCCGGGACACCAACCCUACCGCCACCGUCAAGAUGCUGCCCACCUUCGUCAGGUCCAUCCCGGACGGAUCAGAAAAGGGGGACUUCAUUGCUUUGGAUCUCGGAGGCUCCAACUUCCGUAUCCUGCGAGUUAAGGUUUCUCAUGAGAAGAAACAGACUGUGCAGAUCGAGACGGAGAACUAUGACACCCCAGAGGACAUCAUGCAUGGGGGUGGAACCAGGUUGUUUGACCAUGUGGCUGAGUGCCUGGGUGACUUCAUGGAGAAGCAGAAUAUCAAGGACAAGAAGCUGCCUGUCGGCUUUACUUUCUCCUUCCCCUGUGCACAGACCAAACUGGACGAGGCUGUUUUGCUGACUUGGACCAAACGAUUCAAAGCCAGCGGAGUAGAGGGCAUGGAUGUGGUCCAGCUUCUGAACAGAGCCAUCAAAAAGCGCGGGGACUAUGAGGCGGACAUCAUGGCUGUCGUAAACGACACGGUCGGAACGAUGAUGACUUGUGGGUUUGAUGACCAUCGUUGUGAAGUUGGCAUAAUCAUCGGCACUGGGACCAACGCGUGCUACAUGGAGGAGCUGCGGCACAUCGACCUGGUGGAGGGAGACGAGGGCCGCAUGUGCAUCAACACGGAGUGGGGCGCGUUCGGCGACGACGGGAAUCUGGAGGACAUCCGCACUGAGUUUGACCGGGAGAUUGACAGAGGAUCCCUCAACCCCGGCAAACAACUCUUUGAGAAGAUGGUGAGCGGAAUGUACAUGGGGGAGCUCGUGAGGCUCAUCCUGGUCAAGAUGGCCAAAGAGGGCCUGCUGUUCGAGGGACAGAUCACCCCAGAGCUGCUGACCAGAGGGAAAUUUGAAACCAAAUACGUCUCAGCCAUGGAGAAGAGCAAGGAGGGCUUGAGCAAAGCCAAAGAGAUAAUGACCCGUCUGGGUGUGGAGGCGUCGACGGACGACUGUAUCGCCGUCCAGCACAUCUGUAGCAUCGUGUCCCACCGCUCGGCUAACCUCAUCGCCGCCUCGCUCGGCGCCAUCCUGCUCCGCCUGAAGGAGAACAAGCACGUGCCCCGCCUCCGCACCACCGUGGGCAUCGACGGCUCCCUCUACAAGAUGCACCCACAUUAUUCCCGCCGCUUGCACAAGACUGUCCGCCGGCUAGUGCCCGACUCCGACGUCCGCUUCCUCCUCUCGGAGAGCGGCAGCGGCAAAGGGGCCGCCAUGGUGACGGCCUGGGCCUACCGGUUGGCCGACCAGACCCGGCAGAUCGAGGAGACCCUGGACCAGUUCCGCCUCUCCAAGACCCAGCUGUUGGAGGUGAAGAAGAGGAUGAGGGUGGAGAUCGAGCACGGUCUGGGGAAGAGCACUCAGGACAAGGCCACGGUCAAGAUGCUGCCCACAUACGUGAAGCAGACUCCUGACGGCACAGAGAAUGGAGACUUCUUGGCUUUGGAUCUGGGAGGAACGAACUUCAGAGUGCUCUUGGUGAAGAUUCGCAGUGGCAAAAGGAGGACAGUGGAGAUGCACAACAAGAUCUACGCCAUCCCACAGGAGAUCAUGCAGGGCACUGGGGAGGAGCUCUUUGAUCACAUCGUCCACUGCAUAUCUGACUUCCUGGACUACAUGGGCAUGAAGAAUGCCCGCUUGCCUCUUGGGUUCACUUUCUCCUUCCCUUGCCAGCAGACGAGCCUGGAUGCGGGCAUCCUUGUGAACUGGACAAAAGGUUUCAAAGCCACCGACUGUGAGGGGGAGGACGUGGUGGGGCUGCUCAGGGAGGGGAUCAAGAGGAGGGAGGAGUUUGACCUUGACGUGGUGGCCGUUGUGAACGACACUGUUGGUACAAUGAUGACCUGUGCGUAUGAAGAGCCGACAUGCGAGGUUGGGCUGAUCGCAGGCACGGGCAGCAAUGCCUGCUACAUGGAGGAGAUGAGGAACAUCGAGACGGUCGAGGGGGACGAGGGACGGAUGUGUGUCAACAUGGAAUGGGGCGCCUUUGGAGACAACGGGUGCCUGGACGACAUCAGGACAGAGUACGACAGGACCGUGGACGAGCUGUCCCUCAACCCAGGCAAGCAGAGGUAUGAGAAGAUGUGCAGUGGCAUGUACCUGGGAGAGAUCGUACGGAACAUUCUCAUCGACCUGACCAAACGUGGCUUCCUGUUCCGAGGCCAGAUUUCAGAGACGCUGAAAACCCGGGGCAUCUUUGAAACCAAGUACCUCUCUCAAAUUGAGAGUGACCGUCUUGCUCUACUGCAAGUGAGGUCCAUCCUGCAGCACCUGGGCCUGGACAGCACCUGCGAUGACAGCAUCAUCGUGAAGGAGGUGUGUGGCACCGUGUCCCGCCGCGCCGCUCAGAUCUGCGGAGCCGGAAUGGCCGCCGUGGUGGACAAGAUCCGCGAGAACCGAAAACUGGACCACCUGAACGUCACCGUGGGAGUGGACGGAACUCUCUACAAGCUCCAUCCACACUUCUCCCGGAUCAUGCACCAGACGGUGAAGGAGCUGGCCCCCAAGUGCAACGUCAACUUCCUGCUGUCGGAGGACGGCAGCGGCAAGGGCGCCGCGCUCAUCACGGCCGUGGGCUGCCGCCUGCGCGAGCAGGAAAAGCAGCAGAGCUGAGCGCCCCGCCGCUCGGCCGACCGACCUCUGACCUUCGACCUUUGACCUUUGACCUCCGCCCUCCGCCCUGCACCCUCCGCCCAGCGCCCCUGUUCCCUCCUCGUCGCCGCCUCUGCCGCUGCUGCUCCUCCUCCAGCCUGAUCGCCGCAGCCGUGACCGCGCUUGGCCCCUCCUCCUCUCCGCUCAGCUCCGCCCUCCAUAGGGAACACACCACAGUGGGGGGGGGGUGGAGGUGUGUGUG